AUGACGAACAAGAAUUUAUCUGGCUCUUCGAGUGUCGACAUUCAGCAGUUAGCGAAUCGGAAGGGCUACAACCCUGUCAACUUCGACUUGAACCCAAAAUCGGCUAGGUUUUUCGUCAUCAAAUCUUACACUGAAGAAGACGUUCACAAGUCCUUGAAGUAUGAAAUUUGGGCUAGCACAGACUUGGGUAACAAACGACUUGAUAAAGCAUUUCACGAAUCAUCUGAAUCGGGUCCGAUCUACCUUUUGUUCAGUGUCAAUGCUAGCGGGCACUUUUGUGGGAUGGCAGAAAUGCUGACUGCAGUCGAUUACAACACCUCUAGCAAAGUUUGGGCUCAAGAUAAAUGGAAAGGUAUCUUCAAGGUUCGUUGGGUGUUUGUGAAGGAUAUUCCCAACAACGCCUUGCGUCACAUCAAACUUAACAAUACACCCGAAAACAAACCUGUCACUUCCUCGAGGGACACUCAAGAGGUUCCCUAUGAUAAAGGAAUUGAGGUCCUGUCGAUCAUGUCCGCUUUCCAAUCUAGGACCACCCUGUUACAAGACUAUGGUAAGCUGUUCCCUAAAACUAAUGUCCGCCUUCCCAGGAACUUACACCCGUCUUCUUUACACAGCUUGGUAUGA